GUUGCAGCGGGCGCGGACAUGGUCGCUACAAAGUAUCCAGGCGGCUGCCUGGCCCUGGCCCUGGGGCUGGCGCUGGGGCUGGGGCUGGGGCUGGCGCUGAGCGCGCCCCGGCCCUCGCUGCCGCCGCCGCCCUCCCGGAGCCGCUCGGUGGUGAUGGACGCGGCCACCGGCCAGCUCAGGGUGGUGGAGGGCUGGGAGGCCGGGGCCAUCGCCUGGGCCAACCUCACCAACGCCAUCGGCAAAACCGGGUGGGCCUUCUUGGACUUGGCUACCAAUGGGCAAUACAGUGAUGCCCUGCAGGCAUAUGCAGCGGGGGUGGUGGAGGCAGCCGUGUCUGCUGAGCUCAUCUACAUGCACUGGAUGAACACGGUGGUGGAUUACUGUGGCCCCUUCAAGUAUGAGACCGUCUAUUGUGAGAAGCUGAAGAACUACAUCGAACUGAACCUGGCUUGGAUGCAGAAGCAGAUUGCGUCAGGCAAGGACUCGGAGUACUGGCACCAGGUGGAGCUCGCUCUCCUGCAGCUGAAGGGGCUGGAGGACAGCUACCAGGGGCGCAUAGCUUUCCCUUCCAAGAACUUCACCAUCACCCCAUUUGGCUUCCUCUUGUUCCAGUUGUCCGGUGACUUGGAAGACCUGGAGCCGGCCCUGAACAAGACGGAGCAGAGGCGAGUCAUGGGCUCGGGCUCCUGCUCGGCUCUCAUCAAGCUGCUGCCCAACAACAGUGAGCUGCUGGUGUCCCAUGACACCUGGAACUCCUACCAGCACAUGCUUCGAAUCAUCAAGAAAUAUGUGUUCCAUUUCCGGACGCUGCCCAAAGGCCAGUCACCUCUGAUCCCCGGGAAUGAGCAGGUUUUCUCCUCCUAUCCUGGGACCAUCUUCUCCUGUGACGAUUUCUAUAUCUUGGGCAGUGGGCUGGUGACCCUGGAGACGACCAUCGGCAACAGCAACGCCGAGCUUUGGAAGUAUGUGGAGCCUCAGAACAGCGUCCUUGAGUGGUUGCGCAAUAUCGUGGCCAACCGGCUGGCCCAGGAUGGCGCCACGUGGGCCGCCAUCUUUAAGAAGUUCAACAGUGGCACGUACAACAACCAGUGGAUGAUCGUGGACUACAACGCUUUUAUCCCUGGAAAGCCCAAGGCCAUGGAUGGCCUCCUCACUGUUCUGGAGCAGAUUCCGGGCAUGGUGGUGGUGGCCGACAAGACGCAUGAGCUGUAUGAGAAAGGCUACUGGGCCAGCUACAACUUACCGUAUUUUGAGUCGGUGUUCAAUGCCAGUGGGAUGCCUGACCUGGUGAAGCAGUAUGGGGACUGGUUCUCUUACAAGAAUAGCCCCCGAGCCCGGAUCUUUGAGCGGAACCAGUCACUGGUGCAUGACAUGGACUCCAUGAUCCGGCUGAUGAGGUUCAACAACUUCCCCCAUGAUCCCCUGUCUCGGUGUGAUGACUGCAACCCAAUGCAGAAUGGGGAGAAUGCCAUCUCGGCCCGCUCAGACCUCAACCCAGCUAAUGGGACGUACCCCUUUCCUGCUCUGUCCCAGAGAUCCCACGGAGGCAUAGAUAUGAAGGUCACUUCUUAUGAGCUGUCUAAGCACUUCCACUUGAUUGCAGUCAGUGGCCCCACGUGGGAUCAGUUACCCCCCUUCCAGUGGAGCUCGUCGCCCUUCGACAAGGUGUUACACAUGGGCCAUCCAGACCUCUGGAAGUUCUCCCCCAUCAAGGUCUGGUGGGAGUGAAGCUGGGGACCAGUCCCUCUCCUUACCACCCCACCACCCUUGACCCCAGUGCCCUUAGGAAGUCAGCUCUUCCUCUCCUCCUUGAGCACGCUGGCUGCCUAUGUGUCUGUCUGACCCUGGAACCCCAAGGAAUAUGCCUGCCAGGCCCGGAGGGCUGAGGUCCCUCCACUCUGCUGCUUCACUGGCUUUUGAGCCACUUGCCUUGUCCAAAGAGGCCCCGAGGGCCUUAGGGGACCACCAGCCCCACUCCUCCCAUUCCCUCCUGAGCCCCUGGGCUCCAGCCUCUGAGCUGCCUGCUCCUAAGCCAAGGCAGCUUUCCAGAAGAAGGGAGGGAGGGAGGGGGAGUGGGCUUCUGGCUCUCUGUGGCUGAAACCCUCAAGGAUCUGCUGGAGUCCGAGGAGCCCGCUUCCUGCCUCCCCAGAGCUGCCUCAUUGAGGAAGCACUUCCCGCUCACAGCUCUGUUUGCUGAGACUGUACACUCCCAUCCAGGCGUGUGCCCCGACCCAGACAGUGGUGGAGGAGCUAGGCAUGACCCCCUGCCUCAUUCCCUCCGUGUGCAUCUAUCAGCCUCCUUCAUUGGAUGCCCUCCCGGAACACAUUUGGAAAAAAACAAAGUAAUGCCCAACCACCCCAUACCUUCCCCUGAAACCCUGGACUUGGAGAUUUGGGGCCUUUGGAUUUCCCUGGGCUCCCUGGGCUGUGGGGAUCUGUCCCUUUCCCCUGCUUCCCAACGGUGGCUACCUGGGCUUGUGGGCUCUGCCUCUAGUGCCUGACCCUGCUGUAAGUGGGAACUGUAGAGGGGAGUCAGGCCCUCUUGGGUCUGUGGGAGGGGCUCCUGGCAGUGGUCUCCCGCUGGCCUCUGCCCUGUCACUGCCCUGCCCUAAGUUAACCGUGCCUCCCCUCACUGGCCAGGUCCACUUUGGGGGGUGGGGUGGGGUUGGUCAUGCUCACUGCCCCAGAGGCCUUGGAGAGAAGACUGGGGGCGGGGGGGGGGGGGGGGAGCAGCUACCUCCAGGGAAAUGUGGGCGGUCUCAGGGGCCGUCUUCCUCUUCCGUCCUCCUCCUGCCCCCUCUCCUCCCGGGACAGAGACCUGCUUUGCUCAGAGUGCCUGUGAAGUGUGUGGGGACUGGGCCUUGGUCUCUCUCGUUGCGGGGGCCCCAGAUGGAUGCAAUGUUAUUAAAAGAGAGACUUUGUCUCCCCCAGCCCUGCUCUGCUUUUUGGAGGGAGUAGGGGUGUUGUUGGCUAGGAAUGGGCUGGGGCUCACGGAGAGUCAGAACUCCAGAGGUGGAAGUACUCCUCAUCUGAAGAAGGAGGGGUCGGACCAGCUGCCCUUUUUAAUGUUCCUUCCUGCUCUCGAUGGGCUCUGACUUGGAAGGACAGCUCGCAGUGGGUGACAUGGCCCGAGGGGGCUGUGCUGGGGAGGCUGCCCAACUUGCCCUGGAGAAGGUAGCCUUGAAUGGUGUGAAUUCACCAUGGGUAGUCUUUGAGAGGAAAAAGGGGGAGGGCCACCGGCCUGCUCCCAUCUUAAAAUCAGAGCAUAGGUGCUGCUUCCUCUUUGUUCUUGUAUCCCCAGUGCCUAGAACAACAAAUGAAUGAAGUAUUUAUUACAUGCUUGCUGUAUGCCGAGCACUGUGGAUACAAGUAGCAAGAAACCUUGGUGUAGGUUUUUUAAGAUUUGCAAAGUACUUUGCAUGUCAUCAUGUUAUUCUCAGAGAAACCCUGUGAGGUGAGUGCUGUCAUUAUCCUCGUUUUACAGGCACAGAGAUUAGGUGACUUGCCCCAAAUCAUACAACUCCUAUGUGUUUGAGUCAGGAUUUGAAUUCACCUCUGAUUCCAAAGCCAUUCUCUCCAGUAAGACAUCCCACUACCUAAAACAGAAAUAGACGAGACAGUGCCUUUUCUCAAGAAGUCCUGGAGAGGUUUCAGCUGCAGGGUGGAUAGAAAGACCCAGGGGUUCUUGGAGUGCGUUGAUGAAUCAGAGGCGCCCAAUGCCUGGGGCCUGGGGGACCCGAGGGUGCCAUGGCAGACCAGGUGGUUAGGUCUACUGGUCCUCCAUCUUCCUGGGAGGACUGUACGUGGUGAUUCUUGUUGGACGGGUGUGUGUGUGUGUGUGAGAGAGAGAGAGAGAGAGAGAGAGUGUGUUGUGUGUGGCCCUGUAUGUGUGUGUGUGUGUGUGUGUGUGUGGAGUCGUGUGUGUAGGAUGGCUGGAGGGGCCUAGCCCAUGACUCUUGGGAAGAAGAGAGUGGGCCCGAGGGUCAGAGUGGAUCCAGGGUCUGGGAUCCCUUCCAAGGGGAUAAGGAUUAUAGAAGUCAGCAUCCAGCAUCCAUCCAUCCAGUCAGUCAAGCAUUAAGUACCUACUGUGUGCUAACUGCUGGGGAUACAAAGAAAGGUACAAGGCAGUCGCCCUUGGAGCUUACGGUCUAAUGGAGAUAACAUGCAGAUGUUAUGUACAAACAAAAUGUAGACGGGAUAAAUUGGA